ACUCAUGUUUCCACUCUAUUUUCAUUACGAAGAUGUAUCACGUCAGGAUCCGUUGCUCAAACUGAAUCACGCCAACGUUAUGGAAGUUCCUGGAUUAUGUAAAAUAAGAGUAGUACCAAAGGCAGCACCUUCUAUCAAAAAUGGAAAAUUGGCUAUGGAGAUUCCGUGCGGUCAGAAAUGUUUACAGACACAGAGGUCUUCGACAGGAAGGUCGUUUCGAUCCAAUCCAUUCUUGGGGUCAAAUAAAGACAAAAAGGGAUAUGUCAGUGACCUAGCACGACAAAGCACUCUCCGAGGGCAUGGAAUGUCUAAUUUUUUAGUAAGAAUCUCCACAGUAAUGUCUCUAUUAGAUUCUCCGGUCGAAAUACGGGAAAACUCUAUUCAAUUCUCGAUGGAAACGGAGUUUUGCGAAUUCUCCCCAGAACUGGAAGAGCAUUUCGAGAUCUUCGAACAUAUUCGAGGGUUCAAUGUGACUAUUGUCACUUCGUCCAACACACAAGAUGAGACUUUACCACCGUGGAGCGGCUUUUUGCAAAAAGAUGAGGGGGAAACUCAGUAAGAUGUCGGAGAAGCGAAAUAUACGAGAUCACAAACUAAGAUUGCUCGCGGCUAAAUAUGAAUUGAGACGAAAGCUUUAUAUUAUAAAGCCUUUUGUUUUUGUAAAGAUCCCGAUCUUCCGCGGGACAAACAUCGUUAUAAGUUGUCCAAGUUGCCAAGAAAUAGUUCCUUUGCACGAGUAAGAAACCGAUGUAUUUCCACGGGUCGCCCUCGUUCCGUAUAUAAGUUCUUUA